CAGCGAAUCUAAGAGAAGCAGCAAUGUUUCCCAUGUCUCUCGCCCUCCUCCUCUCGAUUACAAAACUCUUAUCUUUCGCCACCGCCGCCGAUGUCGAAGCCGCCGGAUCUUCCUCUGUCUCGAGGUUCGUCUUCAAUGGCUUUCUCGGCGCAAACCUCAAUCUCAACGGCGCGGGGGAGAUCCUGCCCAGCGGCCUCCUCCAGCUCACCAAUAACACUCACAAGCAGGAGGUCGGCCAUGCAUUCUUCCCCACUCCCUUCCUUUUCUUGAACUCCUCCUUGGGGGAGCCCUCGUCGUUCUCCACCUCGUUCGUUUUCGCCAUAGUUCCCCAAUACUCCGACCUUAGCUCCGAAGGCAUCGCUUUUGCGGUCUCCCCAUCCGUCAACCUCUCCGCCGGCUUGCCCAGCCAGCACCUCGGCCUUUUCAACCUCAGCAGCAACGGCGAUGCCAGUAACCAUAUCGUCGCCGUCGAACUUGACACCACAGAAAGCAAGGAGUACGGUGACAUCAACGACAACCACGUCGGCAUCGACGUCAAUGGCUUGAUAUCUGUCGCCUCCGCGCCCGCCUCUUUCGCUCCCAACUCGACGUUCGAUUCCCAGUUCGAAAACCUGAGCUUGAUCAGCGGCGAGCCGAUGCGAAUUUGGGCAGAGUAUGAUGCGAAGAACUUCCAGUUCAAUGUAACUUUAGCUCCUCUCCAUGUCAAGAAACCCAACUUGCCUCUCCUCUCAUCAAAAGUCAAUCUUUCUUCGGUUUUACUGCGUGAUAUGUAUGUUGGCUUCUCAUCCUCCACUGGCCAUGCGGCUGGGUCGCAUUACAUCCUGGGUUGGAGUUUUGCCCUGAACGGAAAAGCAGAGGAGCUCGAUCCUUCUCAACUUCCAACACUACCGAUAACAGAAGAAGAGCCCGCUGCUGCUAAGCAAUUGGUUAUACUUCUUCCGACAGCCGUUGCGGUAUUGUUGGUGACCAUUUCUAUAAUUAUCGUGGUUGUGCUGUCGAAAAGGAGGAGGAAGUACGCGGAGGUGAUUGAAGAGUGGGAAACAGAGUACGGGCCUCAUAGAUUCUCGUACAGAACUCUCUACAAAGCCACCGGAGGUUUCAGCAACGACAACAUACUCGGAAACGGGGGCUUCGGGGAAGUCUAUAAAGGUAUGCUUUCGAAAUCCAAGCAAGAGAUCGCGGUGAAGAGGAUCUCCCAUGAUUCAAAACAGGGGAUGAAGGAGUUUGGGGCAGAGAUCGCCAGCAUCGGCCGUCUUCGGCAUCGCAACCUCGUACAGCUUCUCGGAUACUGCCGGCGACGAGGGAAGCUCAUGCUGGUCUACGAGUUCAUGCCCAACGGAAGCCUGGACAAAUACAUCUUUGGGCGAGUAGAGCAAUCUCUUAGUUGGAAACAGAGAUUUAACAUAAUCAAAGACAUCGCGGCCGGGCUGCUUUACCUGCACGAAGAAUGGGAGCAAGUGGUUCUUCACAGAGACAUAAAGGCGAGCAAUGUACUCAUAGACGCCGAAUUCAAUGGAAAGCUUGGGGAUUUUGGACUAGCGAGGCUACACGAUCGCGGGGAGACUGGGGAGACGACGAGGGUGAUGGGGACAUUCGGUUAUCUUGCUCCUGAGCUAUCCAGGACGGGGAAGUCUACGAGGAGCUCAGAUGUGUAUGCGUUUGGGGCGUUUCUGCUCGAAGUGGCUUGUGGAAAACGGCCGGUGGAGCUGAGGGGGUGUGGGGUGGAGUUGGUUUUAGUCGAUUGGGUGACGGAGUUUUUGAGGAGAGGAGAAUUGAUGGAAGCGAUGGAUAGGAGAUUGGGGGAGGACUUUGUGUUGGAGGAGGCGGAGAUGGUAUUGAGGUUGGGGUUGAUAUGCUCCCAUCCGGUGGCGGAGGCCCGGCCGGGUAUGAUGCAGGUGGCGCACUACCUUCUAGGAGAGGCGCUGCUGCCAGAUAUGACGCCGGAGGAUUUCCCCUUAUUUCAGUCGGCUUCGAUCAGGAAUGCGCUGGUUCUUGGUGCGUCAUCCUCGGACUAGCUAUUAAGAUGUAUUAGUACCUAAGUUCCUAAGAAUGUACUACUU